AUGUAUAAAAGUGUACGGACUAUAAGUGCCAUGUCUCUCACUGUUCGUUGGUUGGCUAUAGUGCUCCUUGGUGCGGAAUGGCAGGUUCAUUCCCAGCUUAUACAACCUACGUCUGAAGUAGAGAGUUCAUAUAACUUCUAUUAUGAACAGCCUUGCUGUACGUCACCCCUGACUAAGAGCAAAUACCACACGAGGCAUAGAAGAGCCGUGAUUAUAGGUGGAACUAUGUAUCCAUCUUAUAGUAUGUAUCAUAUACCCAACAAGACCUAUUAUUCUGUUAGUCUAAGAAAGCCCCUCACUUGCCUCUCCUUUAAUUGUAUUGGACGAAACGACACCCAGAGGAAAGUGACAUUACUUAUUUUGGACAUCGGUAACAAAACAUUCUGUUCGAAAUUUGGUCACGUAUACAAGAAGUGA